UUGGGUUUUGAGGGGUUUUGAAACUUUGAAUUGAAUGGGUGGUGUUGUGAAGAUGGGGAACGGAAAUACGAGUGGGUUGGAGGAUGGUACGGAGAAAUCAGCAUCAGCAUCAGCAUCAGGGUGUGAUGUUGGGUUGGGUCUGAGGAUGCAACACACUGAAUCCUUCCCUAGUAGAACGAUGAUGGAGACACCUCAUCCCCCUCUUCCUUAUCAUCAUCUUAAUGCUGCUGCUUCUCUUUCUGAUAGCAUGGGUGGCGUUGGUUUCGGUGGUGAUGGCGGUAGUAGCGGCAGUGGUAGUGGUGGGCCCAUUUAUUACAACCUAAGUAACAACAACCAGCUGGCAUGUUUAAGCGAUAUAUACGAUGUUGUCGGUGACGCUUCUGUUUCUGGUGGUGCUGCUGCUGCACUAGUAGUGCCAAGGACUUUUCAUCCUUUUGCCUCUGAUUCUUUUUUCAAAUCCUCCUCCUCAGGAAGAGGUGGUGGAGGAGGAGGUGGCGGCAUGGAAGCUCCUGCUAAAGUUCCUUUCACAGCCUCUCAGAGGCAAGAGCUUGAGAGACAGACCAACAUCUACAAGUACAUCAUGGCCUCUAUCCCUGUUCCUCCUGAGCUCCUUCUACCCAUUACCAAAUCCCCAUCACCACUUCCCUCUUCCCAUUCCCAAUCCAACAUGAGUGGUUUGGAUUUGAAAUUUUCAAGAAGCUCAGAUCCAGAGCCUUGGAGGUGUAGGAGGACAGAUGGGAAGAAGUGGCGGUGUUCGAGAGAUGUGGCACCGUAUCAGAAGUACUGUGAGAGACACGCCCACAAAACUAGACCCCGUUCAAGAAAGCCUGUGGAAUUACAGCCCCACAACACCCAAACCAACAGCAACACCACUAACACCCACCCACUUGUCAACCUUUCUACUACUAACAAAACUGCUCACCCCUAUCAAAAGCCCAUCUUUCACAUCCCUACCUUGCUCUCUGGUGCAACCCAUGCCCAACCCAGGUGCACGGAGUGGUUCAUGAAAGGGGACCCAAUCCCAAGUGGUAAUUUGAACCAACAAUGGCAGCAUCUGAUGCAAUCAUCAUCAUCAGGGGAAGGAGGAUUGAAGAGUUACAACGAGGACGAGCAUAAUAACAGAAAUGUGUCUGUUUUUCAACAGCAUUACGAGGAAGAACAACAACGACAACAAUCAAUGAACGCGAACUCUUACAUUGAUAUGGAGGAUGGCCAAAGAUUUCAAAAUAAACCACCUAAUGAACAUUGUUCCUCAUCAUUACUUGGAGGUUUAUUAAAUACUAACCAAACACAGACUACUACUAGUACUACUACUAGGCGUUUCAUUGAUGCUUGGUCAUCAGCAGAGGGAGAGGAGAUAGAUCAUGAAAUCAGCAAGUGCUCUGUUCCUUCAACCAGGAGGAAUCUUCCAUUAUCAUCUCUUACUCUUUCAAUGUCGGGUGCUGAUAAUAGAAUUGAAGAAAGUGCAAAUGACCAAAUGGGUGUUUCUGGGAUGAUGAGGGAUCUCGAAAGAGAGAGUGAAAGUGGUGAUGGGGGUUUCAAAUCUCAGUGGCUGCUUAAUCCUGUUCCGUGGAUGGGUUCACCACCUGGUGGACCAUUAGGUGAGGCCUUGUGUCUCGGCAUUGCUAGUACUGCAAAAGCUGCUUCGAAUGUACCUUCUCCUCAUGACUACAGCACCACGACCACGACCACAAGCAGUUGCAGCAAAAGCUCAUGUGACGAUAGCGGCCAUGGGUUGCAUUUUCACUAAUGGUACGUCCACUCUGAGUUGAAGAUCCAAUCAGAGUUUCUACAAAUGUAAUUUUUUUCGGUUCUUGGUUUAUUUGUUACUAUUGUUGCCUAUGAUACUUCUUUUUGCCAUUGUUUUUCCAUCAUUGCCUGUGGGAAACAAGAAGCAAGCACAAUUGCAAGAUUCUUUUCCUUUCUAACUUGCCUCUUGUAUGCUUUUAGUUUAGAAAUUGAACCAAGAAAAUUUCAAACCUAGGAUUGCAUUAUCUAGUAAAGAGAUGUAAGAUCUCUUCUCUUUUAUGUCCCCCUAACA